GCUUCCUCUGGACCGCGUUCAGCACUUGGGGAUGGUAGUGGUGAGCUGUGGGCUGGCUGUGGUAAGGGUGUCGUGAAGGGGAGUGAAGGAGGAGGGAACGCAGGGACGGGUUUAGUCAGGGUCGCGGAUGGGCCCGUUGAGGGGCGGAGCCGCGCGGUGCGCAUCCGCCUAGAUCGGCCGAGAGGCCAUUGAGGCCGGCGGUUCCCGCCCGGAGCCGUUGUGGACCUGCUGUGAGGCCGCUUCCCUGGGGUCUUUUGUAUCCACUGCGCAGGCAGCCUUUGUGACUUUUCUCAAGGAGGUAAAGAAUUUCAGCUGUUGGGAGUGACCCAGACUCCGCCUCCGCGGGGACCUGACUGAUUUUUAAGUUGCACUGAAGUGAUCUUGGCAUCAAAUUUCUCAUCAGGCAAAUUUCAUCACUCUCCCAGGAUGGCAGCCAUUGAUCUGACCCAUGAUCUUUCUAGAGAUUCUUUUUAUCUGCCUGAGGAAAAAACAGAGGCAGAAAGGAUGGUGGCUAUCUGGCUGAAAAAUUAUCAACAGAUUGCAGUGACCUUCGAGGAUGUGGCAGUGGACUUCACCCAGGAGGAGUGGCUGUUACUGGACCUUACUCAGAGAAACCUAUACAGAAACGUGAUGCUGGAGAACUACCAGAACGUGGUCGCAGUAGAGUAUCAACUGUCGAAACCUAAGCUGAUCGCUUGGUUGGAACAACAAGAGCUGAGGACAGUGGAGAAGGGAGUUUUCCAAGAAUGGGAAACACAGCCUCAAAUGAAAGGAUCAGCAUCUUACCAGGAAUUUUUUGGAGGAAAAACAGCCAUUGAAAUACAGAAAGAGAGGAACCACCAUGGAGCAGAACUCUCUGGCUGUGAGCAAGGUGGAAAAGUCUUGAAUAAACAUUUAAACCUUAAGACACACAUGAGAACUCAAAAUCGAGGGAAUAGUUUUGAGUGUAAUCAGUAUCACAGUGGCCUCCUUAAUCGGCAGAAGAAAAACUCUACUAAAGAGAAACUUUCUGAGUUUAAUCAGUGUGGUCAAGUCUACAGGCGGACUCCACAUGCAGUGUGUGAGAGAACCAGCGUGGCCGAUAAGACUUUGGAAUGCAGUGACUGUGGGAAAACUUUCAUUAGUCGUUCACACUUUCAGGCACAUAGGAGAACUCACAGUGGAAGAGAUUUCACUGAAUGGAAGCAAUUUAUAAAAGCUUCAGUUUUCUCAGCAGGCCAAAAGGAGCAUGUACAGUCACAGGCUGCUCACGAACCCCAUGAAGGUAAACAGUGUGGGAAGUCUUACGCAGAUUCCAAGUGCCUCGAUAAUCGUAUCAUUCGACUUCACGGUGGAAGAAAACCCUUUGAAUGUAGUGAAUGUAGGAAAGCCUUCACUACAUCCUCACGCCUUUAUGUGCAUUUGCGAAUUCACACUGGAGAGAAACCCUAUCGAUGUAAAGAAUGUGGGAAACACUUCCAAUGGCCCUCACUCCUUCGUAAACAUGUUCGUACCCACAGUGGUGAGAAGCCCUAUAAAUGUAAGGAAUGUGGAAAAGCCGUCAGUCGUUCUUCAGUUCUUAAUGAACAUUUGAGAAUUCACACUGGAGAGAAGCCCUAUAAAUGUAAGGAAUGUGGGAAACACUUCGCUUGGCUGUCAGUCCUUCGGAAACAUGUUCAAACUCACAGUGGUGAGAAGCCCUAUAAAUGUAAGGAAUGUGGGAAAGCCCUCAGUAGUUCCUCAAUUCUUAAUGAACAUUUGAGAAUUCACACUGGAGAGAAGCCCUAUAAAUGUAAGGAGUGUGGGAAAGCCUUUACUAAUUCCUCACGGCUUAGUGUACAUUUGAGAAUUCACACCGGAGAGAAACCCUAUCAAUGUAAGGAAUGUGGGAAAGCUUUUGUUUGGCCCUCAGUCCUUAAAAAACAUCUACGAACUCAUAGUGGAGAGAAGCCCUUUGAAUGUGGUGAAUGUGAGAAAGCCUUCAGUAAUCCCUCAUAUCUUAAGGAACGUUUGAGACCUCAUACUGGAGAGAAACCCUUUCAAUGUGGUGAAUGUGGGGAAGCCUUUAGGACUUUCUUGUAUUUUAAUAGCCAUUUGAGAAAUCACUCUAGAGAGUAAUCCUGUGAACUUAAGUACUGUGGGCUUUCACUAGUGCUCUCCUGAUUUGACAUUUAAGUAUUCACACUGGAUAGAAACCCUAUUAAUGUAAGGAAUAUGGGAAAGGCUUCACUUGGUCUUUCAACCUUCAUAAACAGACACGGGUUCAAAGUACAGAGUGACCCUAUGACUGUUAACGGACUGUGGGAAAGCCUUCACUACUUCCACAUUUGAAGUCACACUGGAGAUAAACCGUAUGAAUGUAAACACCGAGGAAAAGCCUUUACUGUUGCCUCAACCUGUAAAAUUGUAAAAAUUGAUACCAGAGAGCAACCCCUUGAACGUAAGGAAUGUGAGAAAAGCUUCACAUCGAAGUCAUGACUUAACACCUUAAAACACAGAAGAGAUUGAAGACUUAUGUAUGUAAUAAGAGUGAAAAGGUCUGUUAUUCCAGGCAUUUCAAAAAACAAAACAACCCACGUUCGAGGGAAACUAUGAAUAUGAGGAAUGUGGAAAGGUCUACAGGUGUCCCGUUGAAUAUGUGAAAGAACUCACUAGUUAGUGCCUGUGAAGUUAAGCAAUGUGGGAAAGCAAUCAGUGUCCCACCAACCAUGUUGGAGGAACACAGUGAAGUUCAGUGUAAGAGCUGUGUGGGGCCCGUUUAUAGGCUGGCUUCAUGGAUCUAUUUUGAACAUGUGCCGUUCUGCCCUGACCAUUUGUGGGAAUGGUCUGGCUUUCUGCCCUUGAGAGCAGUGCUAGUCCAGUCUAGUUUCUAGUACCUGGUUUUCAGCCUGGCUCCAUGGGGGACCACCACCGUUAGACUUACCGCUGUGCAAGACACCUGGAUCCUCUAGUUACACUGACCUUGUCUAAUACUGUGAAGAUGGUGAGCAUGUGUAUCAGUUCACUGCUUGUAGUCCGUCUGCAGUGCCUCAUGCUGGUGAAGGGGGAGGACAUAUGUCUCUAAAUUUCCUGAAAAUGUUCUCUCUCACACCUGCUCUUCCUGGGUUAGGAAAGACUUAAGAAUUAACAGUGAGGUUAUACACCCUGGUCUCAUAGCUCUCGAAAGAGAGCAGCACACCUAGUACUAGGUUAGAAAAUACCUUUAACCUCGGGCAGAACACAGUGAGGCUGAUAACAGAAUGUUCUCUUAGUUCCCAAAUCACCACGGCCUGGAAGAACAGUAAUGUCCUUUGUGUUCCGAAACAGCUGCACCUGGCAUGUGACGUGCUGAUUUGUUUACAUCACUUCAGAUGCUGUGAGGUGGGAAACCUUGUGAAUAGGACAGGUCCUGAUACUCUUGUUAUACUUGAUGUCCCACAGGCAGUUCCUGCAAGUGGCCUUUGGGCAGAGACAGAGAAUCUAUCAGAACCUUGGUUUAAUUUUGAGUUAACACAUUCAUAUACUUGUAAUACUUGAGCAGCCUUUAGUUAUGUCAUGGGUGGCCUUGGAGGCUACAGCAGCUUACUGUCACUUCCCUUCUAGCUUAAUCAGAUCAGUGGAAUACACUCCAGCCAAUCAGGUUUAAUGAUAAUUCCUGAUCAGACGUGACCUGGAUGGGCCACCUGCGUGGUUCAGUCAGUUAAAUGUCCACCUGUUAAUUUCAGCUCAGGUCUCAAUCUCAGGGUUGUAAAUUCAAGCCCCGCAUCGGGCUCCAGGCAGGCAUGGAGCCUACUUAAAAAGAAGUGAUAUGGGUACAUUCCUGUAUGUUUAUGUUUGAUUGAGAUAGGGAUAUGAAAUGAGUCUCCUGAGUAUGGGUGUAGUCUUAAUUGCAUUGUGUGUAUUGCAAUAUACAAUACACUGGCCUUUGUGUGUAUUGCAAUAUACAAUACACUGGCCUUUGACAUUAUCUCAAAACCCACAAGUCCUAAUUCCCACAAUCUGAUACCCUCAUCAGUAACAUCUGUGUGUUCCAGUAAUGAUGGUAGCUGACUUCUGUCUCACCAGGAUCCUCUUUUCAUACUCUCGGAUUGUCUUCCCCUUAAUGCCUUUUAUAUGGGGAAACAUGAAGCAUUUUCCACCUGUGGGUCUCACUACUCUGUGAUCUCCUUUUCCUGUGGGAAAAGCCUGUGGCAGUCCAGCUCAGUUCUGCUGGAGCCAUUCUAACCAGAGAAGCUUGAUUACCUCAGUGACAUGCACUGUGGUCACACCCAUGCUGAACUCCUUCAUUGACAGCCUGGGAAACAAGGAUGUGAUGGGGCCCUGGGUUCUCCGCCUGGGAGAGAUGAUGGUCCAUGAUGGGAUGCUGGCCUCAGAACCAAGAGGACAUUAUGGGCCCCAAAUGCAAAUAUUGUGAAUUUAAGUUUUCUGAUUAUUAUUCUCUCAUAAUGGAUAUAUUCAUUUUACUCUAUUCCCAAAGCACCUAUGACUUGCUUCUAUUUGUCUUCGCUUUUCAACAACCUCUUCAGUAACUACUUUGUUACCUUUCUUCCCUAAUUAGAGCACCAAAUUUCUGUCCUGGUCAGAUUUCCUAUAGCCAUUCCUCAGAUGUCCAACAUUAGAUAUGAAGUACCACAUCAAAUGUGGCAUGGUCUUCUCAAAAAUCCUCCUCUGAAAUGUUGAUAUUUGUGUUCAUUUACUUUGGUGUUUUUUUCAUAUAAGUGGAAUGAGAAGGGUACUACAGUUGUAAUUGAAGCACUUGCCAUAUAAAAACUGCUGUUUUAUGUAUAUAAUUUGAUGGAAUUCUUGGAGAUACUUUCUCAUUUACCCCAUUUUUCAUAAAAGUUUGUGAUUGCAAUGGAUUCUACCCUGGAUACAAAGACAUAAUUUUGAACUUCCGGUGUGUAGGAAUCUAGAUUUGAGUGGUAGUUUGCUUAGGUGUUUUUAUGUGGUAUAUUGCAUAGGGUAAAUCUGAUAUAUUGCCUCAUUCUUUGCCUUCUGUCCUCUUUCUUUCAUCCCCCCUUUCCUUUAUUAUCUUUGUUUAAUUGCACCUUUAUUUUCUGUUACUGCCAACAAGACCCAGGUGGAAACUACUUUAUCAGUGCAUGACUGGUGGAAGAAAGAACAAAAACAAUGAAUGUUUCAUGGAUAGAGGAUUUGUUUGGGAAUAUGAAAACAUCUGGAAAUGGACAGUGGUAAUGGUUGCACAAAAACCAGUGUACUUGAUGCCAACUGAUUAGAACUGUACACCUAAGUGUUUAAAAUGGUUAAUUUUGUUACAUGUAUUUAAACACAAUAAAAAAGUGACAAAGUGGAAA